UCCUCUCACUGCUAAUUACCGAUGCACCCCGGUGCAUCAUUUUCGAGUAAGUGACGGAAAGUUCUACGACUAGAUAGAAAGGGCUAGCAGAUCCCUGGUAAGCUAAUGCACGGCGGCACGACUAGGACUGGACCCGCAUCAAGGCGGGGGUCGUGCCAUGGAAUGUUAUUUCGAUCGGCUGGACCCAGUCGCGGUUGACUGGGGGCCGAGGUGGGCUCUCCUGAUGGCACUAAGGCUGACAUGCCUCGGUAGGUGCGACAACUGGACCCAGUCCCGGGAGGAGGUCGGACUGGGGGUUGGGAUCGUUCAUUUUGCUCUGGUUCGGAUAGGGUAGGUAGGCACCUCCACUUUUCGGAGCACCACAUUGAGAAAUAAAGGGGCGUGGCUGUCUUUUAAAGAACAAGUAUGGGGCCUCUCCGGGGCACACGACCGGCUGCGGCUUCAGGAAGGCAGAGGUAGCCCGGGCCGCCUCUCUAAAGUACCCACAUUGUUUGGGUUUUGGCUUGGUUGGUACAGUCUUUAAUCUCGGUGAUUUGGGGCCACAAGGUCAAGGAAUGGUAGUGGGUGGUGGAGCAUGGUGGGAGAAUCCGCCAAGGUUGUACAAAUACUAGGCUAGGCCCCUUGGAGGAGGUUAUGGUGCCGGAGUAGCAUAUUCAGGAAGCGGUCGCUUCAGGCGACGCGCAUGGAUUAGGUCUAGGACAGUGGACGACCUGUUGACUGCAGCUUGCAGGAGGCAAGGAAAGCGCUGCUGUUUGGGAAAACGGGAGGAAGCCUUGGAACUUAUACUUUUUCUUGGCGCGUGGCCUUGUUGGCACAUCCCCGGGCCGCUGGAAAUUUCAGCUUUUGCAACUUCUCUCUGAGGUGAUGGCGGUAGCGAGAUCGUAGCGAGGGUCUGGUUGGGCAGGUUCCAGGCUAGGUUUGUGCAAAUUAUUGCCGCUGCGGCCUGGUAGGCGAGCUGCGGGACGGCAGGACUAGGGUAUAGGCGGCGAAAGGGCAGGCGUUUCAGCCCGUUUGGCGUUUGCAAUGCAUACACUCGGUUGGAACGCGUCCUCCCUAUUUGUCCUAAGCAAGUCACUUUAUGUCACCGCGGUUAGGUUGUUGCGCGGGUGGAUAGCAUCGCGCGGAUGGCCGCGAGUUGGGUGUGUAGCGAGGGCGCCCUACUGGGACGGACGUGGUCUUCACAGCAUUUCGUUGGCUUGCAGGGAACUAUUUCCAGCUAGUUGCUGGCUUAUUUGGCGAGUUGGGGUUCGGAAGACAUUGACUUUCUAGCACUUCUGCUAGCUGUUGUCGCGUUCUCUGCCAUGGGUGACAGCCCGGCCGGCAUUGGGGUUCCGGGAACCGGUCGCGUAGGUACCUGGUGGGCUCAGUGAAUGCUCAAGAAGUUGGCUUUUUAGUGUCCUGCGGGGUUUCGGGUUGGGCAUGACGCCAUGUUGAUGUAGACGGGAUCAGGCCCGCAGCGAUUUCAGCUCCCCCUCUCACUGCUAAUUGUUUGUGUCUCUGAUGUGAUCCUCGUUGCCCAGGCGCUUGAAUUGAUCUGGUCAUAGCCAACAUAAGUUUAAGUAGGUUCCACCUUAUCAGUUGAUUCUUGGUCGUGUUUCAUUUUCCGCAAUCGGAGUUGUCCGCAGUCGAUACAAUGUUGUUCCACAGUCGUUUUUUCAAACAGGCUGCAGCCAACCCGCAAGUUUUUUUCGAUGUCUCCAUUGGUGGAUCCAAGGCGGGGCGCAUUUUGUUCGAACUGUUUGCGGACACAGUGCCAAAGACAGCGGAGAAUUUCCGAUCUCUCUGUAUCGGCGACAAGGGCAUGGGCAAGAGCGGGAAACCGCUACACUUCAAGGGGUCGAAAUUUCAUCGCAUCAUUCCUAAUUUCAUGUGUCAAGGCGGCGACUUCACUCGUGGAAAUGGAACCGGUAUGAACAUAUGUGCAUGUAAGUAGCACGACUGAUAAUAUAUUGUUCUUUCGAUUAAUAUCUGACUUUGUGGUGUAAAAAAUCUGGUCUUAUCUUCGUCAUCUUCUGUCGUAUGUCUAUGUCAUGAUGGAACAAGCUACUUAGAUUUGUUACCCUUGCGACGUCUACUUUAUUUCGCCCUGUUGUGUUUGAAUUUUAAUUUCGAAAAGCUCGUAGUAGCGCCUUGUUUCUGACAUUUCAGGCGGUGAGAGCAUUUACGGGAUGAAAUUUCGGGAUGAGAAUUUCAAGUUGAAGCACACGAAGCCAGGCCUUCUGUCAAUGGCGAACGCGUAUCAAAUGUAAAAAUGUCUGGGUCUGGAAGAUUGGAACUUGUGAUGCUGCACUUGGAUGUCUCAAAAAUUUGUGUUGCAUGAGCAGCAAAAGGAUUCUAAUUUUUGCUACGCGGAGAGGGCAUUUGUCAUGCGGAAUAGGCAUCAAGAAUCCCUCAAAAAACCUGUGAUGCUAGGGCAUGCAUCACAGACAUCAUGGAUGGCGCAUGCAAACCAUGCAUGACAAGUCUUAGAAUCUUCCAGACCCAGACAUUUUUGCAUUUGAUAACGCGGGCCCAAACACAAAUGGAUCCCAGUUUUUCAUCACCACCGUCCCUACGCCGCACCUGGACGGGGCUCAUUGUGUCUUCGGCGAGGUUGUCGAUGGCUUCGACAUCGUGAAGCAGAUGGAAGCGUGCGGCGACAAUGGUGGACGGCCCAGCAAGAAAGUUGUCAUAGAAGACUGCGGGGAAGUGAAGCAGGAUGCCUAACAAGAAAGUGUCAAUCAUUACAACCUCGCUGACUCUGCACCAUGGGUUGCCGGUUUAUUUUGCGAGACACGCAGAGUUCCAGUUCCUCGUUGAUGGUAGCUUUUUUUUACCGUCUUCUCCCCCCCCUCGCCCUUGGAAAAACAUAUAGCGACUGAUGAAGGAUCAAGAAGAAGGCGAUGCUAAAGCGCCACAGAUAUAAAGCAAACAGGAAGAUAAAUGAAUAUGAUCACGUUGCGUGUGAGAACGGGUACCUCGUACAAGAAGAAACCUGCUCCAAAAUGAUUUCCUUAAAUGUGCGUCUUCAACAACUCUACGCCAGUCGUGGCCGCGAUACCCAACCUAUGACAUAGAAAGAU